CCUGAUGAUGACACUUUCACACUACAUGACGACUUAAAACAAUAUUACUCCCAGUUACCGGGAUAUAAGGCAAAAUGUAGUAAUUGUAACAAAACAUUAUCCUUCUUUGGAAAUUCGAGAUAUUUACGAGACCAUUUAAAAAAACAUUUAAUCCUUCUAACAAGAAUCCAGAGUCGAGAUGAACCAAGCACUUCAAGUUUAGCGGCUGAUAUUAUGGAUCCCUCUGCACACCGUCAAAAUCAAGAGACAUCUGGUUCGCUCGUUCAAUCAUGUAUGAAAGAAACGACAGAAAAAACAGACGCACUUAAUGAACCAAGCACUUCAAUUACAACGGGUUUUGAUACGAAUCCUACUGCAGAAUGUCAAAGCCAAGAAUCAUCUGGUUCGUCCGUUCAAUCAUUUGAACAAACGAGAAAAGAAGCAAGCACAAUUGAUAAGACGGUUAUAAUGGCACUGAAAAGAAAACGCAGCAACUUUUGGAAUUAUUUCGAGGAUCUGAAUCCCUCACUGGUAAAGUGCACAACCUGUAAAAAAGAAAUUAAGGUAUCUCACAUAGGAAAUCGCAUAAAAAUAAUGAGAGUACACUUAUUUAAAAAACAUGGAAUAUCUCUCAAUAAUGACACUUGCACACUACCUGACGACUUGGAACAAUAUUACUCGAAGUUACCGGGAUAUAAGGCGAAAUGUAAUAAUUGUGACACAACAGUAUCUUUCUUAACAAGUAUUGAAGAUUUACGAAGACAUUUAAGAAGACAUUCCACAAGUAUUCAGGGCCGAGAUGA